CACGCAUCUUGUGGUUAUGCUCACAGGUUCAGCUAUAAGCUUGUGAUUCCCUUAUCAAGGUCUCCACAACUCGGAAGGCCUGCGGAGGCCUGGAUUUUAUCUCUCUCACUUCAACCUGUGACUCUACAGCAAUCAUCAGAAUGACCAAAUCCUGAGGUGUCAACAGCGCCUCUUGAGGAAGGUUUGGGUUGGGGGAGGGGACGGAGGUCCCAGUCACUUCAGGCCACCUGACCACCAGAGCAGAGACCUCAGUGGCCCUGUGUGACAUAAGGCCCACACCCUGUGAUGCUGGUUCUAGAAUGGGGGGGCACUCGGGGUGGCCAGAGGACAGCACUGGCACUGCAGCGCUGACCAGGUUGCAGCACAGAUGAUGGCGUUUUGUGGGGGCCUGGAAAAAGCUUCCUCGGCCUCCUUUGCACCCUCCCACCAAGGAGAACCGACCGCCAGUGGCAGCAGCAGCAGCAGCGAGUCCAGAGAGGCCCCACGGAGUCGGCUGAGCCCCUUUGCCCAGGUGCCACGGGAGGCCUCUCCUUCAGCUGGCAUCCCGUGCCCCCCGGGGCUCCUGCGAAGGAAACCGCAGGCCAAGCAGACGGGUCCUCUGCAGGGCGGUGCCACGCGGCUUCCCUCGGUGCCCAGCCUCGCCCAGUCGUGCCUGGCCCCAGGGGCCCUCCAGCAGGGGAGCACGGACCCUUGGGAGCCCCCUCAGGGUUCCUGCUGCAGGCUCCCCCUCCAGAACGUGGCCCAGGAGUUCCCGCUGGAGCACCCGGCCGAGCGGUGGCUCUACCUCCCCACGGGGCCCCCGCAGCCCCCACAGCAGCAGCCCCUGAGCUCUGGCGGGGACUUUGCCCUGGCCCAGUGGGGCUUCUUGCCCAGCGGGGGGGUCUUCGUGAUGUCGACCAAGCUGAAUGGAGACAGGGAUGCCCAGCCCAGACUGCCCUGGCCCCCCAACAUCUGCAUCCUGACCCUGGCCAUGAUGAUCGCGGGCAUCCCCACCGUCCCCGUGCCCGGUGUGCGUGAGGAAGACAUGAUCCAUGCCGCCCAGUGCUUCAUGGCAGAGAACCUGGACCCCAGCGAGGGCCCAGAGGAAGGGGCCCCGAGGAGGCAGUGGGGGGCCUUCCAGCGCCUGGGGUCCUCCUGCAAGAGGGACCGGCAGCGCAGGCGAGCGACCCACCGGAGCCUCCUGCCCCUCUUCCUGGCCCAGCUGGAGAAGUAGCAGCCAGAGACUCCCUCGGGUGGGCGAUGAGGGGGGUUGAGAAGCCGACAUAAAGGAAUGGAAAAAACUGGA